GAAAAACCGGUCCACCGGAGAACCGUUUUUAAGUAUUUGUACAUGGACGGUUCUUUCUAACAACCCAACCUGAUCCAACAAACAACAUUCCUGCAUAUUAAAAUUAGGCGUGGUUUCUGUCAGGGCAGGUCUAUUUAUAGUCAUUGCACUGUAAUGUAUUGACUGGGGCACAAGUCAGGGUUUAAAAACCCUAGCCAAGGUUUUUACAGUGUUGUCUGUUGCCUCGUGCCCAAUACCAGCCCCAACCCGCCAAUACAGUGCCCGCGGUUAGAUAAACUGUGACAAAGAACACAGUGUAUGUAACUGAUACCAGCAACUAUAUUCUGACCGUGUUAAGAAGGUUUCGUCUGUGUCCAUAAACGAGUAUGGCUUACGCUGUGCGACAAUUUCUCCUCCGGGCAGAAUUCUUCCUCUGUGUUUCAUUUCUGACAUUAGUAAUAUUGGCCUCCCUCUCUCUACAAGGACAAUACGGUCAACCAACCGCAACUGCAGACAACCAAAAUCAAAGAGAAAGCCCUGUAUGGUACAACGUCACUGCAGCUGAUUCUAUCAGAAAUCUGACAACAAGCUGUCUGAAAAAGUGCGAAUAUUUAGUUCGCUAUUCUUUCAACAAUCUUACAAAUUUCCCAACUGAGGAGGAAUGUGCCAGAAGAACACCGAUUGGACAUUACUACACAUGCGCAAUCGUCGGGAAUGGUGGCAUUCUCCGUGACAGCGGCUGUGGAAGGGAAAUUGACCACAACGAGUUUGUGAUCAGAAUCAACGAUUCACCGUUCAAAACAUUUGAACAGGAUGUUGGCCAGAAGGUGAACUUAACCGUUGUUAACAGUGUAUCUUUGAGAAGAAUACAGACGACAGACAAUGGGACAAGAAAACUUAAUUACUCACAAUGGCUACUAUCUCGAAACAACUCCAUAUUGAGCUAUUUGCUCCCAAGACACGAGAUGCUGAAAAUUUGGAACGCCGAAAUAAAGAAAUUAGAUCUUAACAUCACAACCACAUACUCCAUGCACAGAACAACGCAUCAGGUUACAAGGUUGUGGAAUGACACCCUCAAAGCUUCUAAAGGUCUCCCGACUGCUGGGCUCUGCACCUUCAGUCUUGCCACCACGUUCUGUGAUGUCAUCACUUUAUACGGCUUCUACCCUUUCAAACACGAUGUCCACAACAGAACGCUGCGUUACAACUAUUACUCGAAGAAAUCCGUCAAACACAAUAUCAACAAAAGUAAAGUUCACAAUUUUUUUCGUGAGAACAAUUUAUUCAAAUCAUUGUACAAUUUAGGAGCUAUCAUGAUGGUUACAGACUUUUGUACAUGACUA